AUGCCUACUGUUUUUUUUUUUUUUUUUUUUUUUUUUUUUUUUUUUUUGGGGCUCGGGCCGUCUACCCAGGGCAGCGACGGCGAGGAUAACAAAUUUGGUCUGGGCAUGAUCAUCUGGGAGACAAAUGACACCGACAAAGCCGAUGCGUGGGGUGUUUAUCGCCCGUGCUUGGGGCCAGCAGGAAGGGACCGGGCAUUUCUACUCAAGGGGCUUGUCCACUACGACAAUUCAACCGAGCCCCCCGACGACACGACACUGGGGUUGAACCUGGAAUCCAAGGAGUACCUCGGAAAGGCGGCGGUGUAUUUGGGAGAGCUCGGCUUCACCGAGGACCUCAACUGGACCGCCGGCUCCGCCGGCUCAGAGGGUGAUUUUGGGUUUCUCUCCUACGGGGGUGGUACCAUUCGACCGGGGACGUCCGUGGAUGGAACGCUCACCAACGACACCAUUCUCCUGCGGCUGGCUGGGUCGUGA